AUGUCUGAGAUCCAGCAGACCGCUCCGGACGAACCGGGUCGGUACAGCCUGAUCUGCACCUCCCCGCCCUCCGCCGGCACCUCCCCGACCCCCGGCCCGGUCCAGCUCAGCCGAACCCCCCGCAGGAAGUGGCAGGUGUUCCCGGGGAGGAACCGGUUCUACUGCGACGGCAGGAUCAUGAUGGCCCGGCAGACCGGGGUCUUCUACCUGACCCUGGUCCUGAUCCUGCUCACCUGCGGCCUCUUCUUCACCUUCGACUGUCCCUUCCUGGCGUCCCACCUGACCCCGGCCAUCCCGGCGGUCGGCGCCGUCCUCUUCGUCUUCGUGAUGGGGAUGCUGUUCAGGGCGAGCUUCAGCGACCCCGGCGUCCUGCCGCGAGCCACGCCGGAGGAGGCCUCCGACCUGGAGAGGCAGAUCGACUCGGGCUGCUCCAAGCCCCCCCCUCGCACCAGAGAGGUCCUGAUCAACGGGCAGACGGUGAAACUGAAGUACUGCUUCACCUGUAAGAUCUUCAGGCCGCCGCGAGCGUCGCACUGCAGCCUCUGUGACAACUGUGUCGAGCGUUUCGACCAUCACUGUCCCUGGGUGGGGAACUGCGUCGGACGGAGGAACUACCGCUUCUUCUACCUCUUCAUCCUCUCCCUGUCCUUCCUCACUAUCUUCAUCUUCGCCUUCGUCAUCACGCACGUCAUCCUCAGAUCCAACCGAACCGGUUUCCUGAGCGCGCUGAAGGACAGUCCGGCCAGAUAUCCUUCACUCGUUCUGGAGGUGCUGGUCUGUUUCUUCUCCGUCUGGUCCAUCGUUGGCCUCUCGGGGUUCCACACCUACCUGAUCAGCUCCAACCAGACCACCAACGAGGACAUCAAAGGAACCUGGUCCACCAAGCGAGGGAAGGAGAACUUCAACCCCUACAGCUACGGAAACAUCCGGACCAACUGCUGCGCUGCUCUGUGUGGACCCCUGCCACCCAGUUUGAUUGACAGGAGGGGACUGAUCCGGGCCGACGCCCCACAGACCGUCUCCCAGUCCAACGAGACCGGCAACGGUGGCCACGCCUCCACUCAGCUCCACGGUCACAUGUGCAACCAGGAUCAGUGCAUCCAGAGCACCAAGUUCGUCCUGCAGGCCGCGGCCACGCCGCUGCUCCACAGCGACCCGGUGGUCCUGGCCCCGCUGCCCGGGAAAACCGCCAUGCUGGGGGGCCCCUGCCCCUACCUGGCCCCCCCGCAAGCGUCCCUUCCGUCCUGUGCCGGAGAUGUCCUGACCCUGAGGGACGCCGCCGUGGACGCCCACUGCCACCAUCACCUCCACCUGCACCACCACCAUCACUUUGUCAGCCCAGAAGAGACGCCCUGCGGGACUCCUCUGGGCGCCCUGCCGUGCCCCGCCCACCUGCACCUGCAGGCCCCGCCCCACCCGCCCGUCCUGUAUGACCCCGUCACUCAGGACGCCCUUCACGAGGACUCGGUCAGAGGACUGGUGAAGCUGAGCUCCGUCUGAGCUCCACGACACAUCUGUACAGAAAAACAGCUGCCGGUGGACAAACGACGGAUUCAAACGCCGACACGGAAAUGUCCCCCGAAGCUUCGAA